CCCCCACUUUCAGAAACGACAAAAAAGAGCAAACCCCCGUGGCGUCUUUGCCGCCAUGGUGCUGGAAUCUCUGAUGGGCAGCGCUUGGGCAGCGUAUGCCUACAACCAGGGGCGCUUUCAGUUCGAUGCAGGUCAGAAGCAGACCUCCGCGCAUCAAAUGAUCAACAUGCGCGUCCAGCAGUGGAGCCUUUUCCGGGAGGACAUCCGGGACUUGUUCAAUUUGACCACCUCCCACAUGAGCACCUACAUGGUGGUGGGCACCUUGUUCCUGGGCUUCAGCGUGUCCUUCAUGUGGAGCGACCUCAAGGGCUUCCCCGCAGACCCUCCCUGGCUGAAGCUCCUGUGGGUGAACUGCUUCAUCUCCGCCAUGUGCUACGGGUUUCUGGCCGUGUGGCUGGCCAUGCACGGCGCCAUCGCCGCGCAGAGCGCCUCGGUGCAGCUGCUGACGCGGGCCAUCCGCCCGCCGUACCCGGACGCCCAGGAGCUGCGGAGGGCGCAGUUCGAGUUGGCGCAGUACGAGGCCGGCGGUGUCGGGAAGUUCUUCCGCCCUCCGCAGCUGGUCCCCGGCGCAACUGUCGGCGCUGGCGCCGCGAGCCGCGGGAGCAUCCAGGCGCUGCAGGACGCUCGUCCUGAAGCCCUGCGCCACGACUCGCGCGCCGAGCUGGCGCCCGACGUGCCCGACGCGCCGGACGGGCUGGGCCUCGGAAAGGACAGCCAGUCGCCUUGGGAGUUCGCGCCGGGCGUGCCGGCGGAGCUGGGGAUGCACGUGAAGCUGUUCCAGCAGCUGCAGGCCACCUUUCUGCCCUUCGACGCUUACGCGCGGGUGUGCCUCAUCGCGGCGGCCUCGCAUCUAUUGCCGGCGCUGAGUUACUACUGGAUCGCCCACCAGCGCUGGGAGUUGGCGGGGGCCAUCUUCUCCGCGCUGACGGGGUCUUGCAUGCUCAUGUUCACCGCCCUGGUGCUGUACAAGCUUGACUUCUACGUGGAGAAGCAGCGGAUGUGGUUCUUCAAGUGCGUGGUGCUCUGCGCGCCGCUGGUCUCCUGCGGCGCCAUGGAGACCUGGAGCGAUGAACGCGGCUACCAGGCCUUCCACGCCUUGGUGCAGUGGGUGCUGGUAGUGGGCACCUGCUGCAUGCACGUGGCCUGGAAGCUGCUCUUCGUGUGGGAGGCCCGGCCUUCCAAGGAGAGUCUGGAUCUGCCAAUGAGCUUCAGAUCGGUGAGGUACCUGGACGUCUUUGGAAGCCUUCGCCGGAGGAGGGCCGCGGAGCGCAAGAGGUUCAACGAGGCCUUGCGCCUGCGCCGGGAGCAAGAUGGCGGAAUGGCGAUGUCGCCCACGCAUCUACCGGCAGAGGAGGUCUUGGGGAUGAUCGGCGAGGUGCUGCAUGCCAACCGCAAGAGCGCGGCAGACCCACUGCGCGGCAGCUUGCUCUCGGAGGACGAGGCGGCGCUGCUGGAGUGCUCCAAGGUGCGGCUCAUGGAGCUGGGCUGCUCCUUCGAGGAGACGGCGCUGGGCUAUUGGUUACGGAGAAUUCACGAGGGCGAGGAUGGAACCAGGUCUACGUGCUUCGUGAACACUGCCUCGCUGGAGGUGGCGUCCUCACCUAGCGGGCGGCAGCUGGAUGUGUCGGAGCUGUUGGUGGAGGUGGACAAGCUGCUUCCGCCGGGCGAGGGCUCGGAGUUCGAAGAAAGCGAGUACCAGGCUUUCGAGGUGGAGCCGGAGGGCACCAGCACCUUCGGCACCUCCGGCGGCGUGCCCAUGGCGCAGCGGCCGCAGGUGCCCACGCUGCGGCGCCCGGGCUCCAGUCAUGGGCAGUCGAGCAUGCCCUGGAAGUACUUCAUGCAGAUCACCUUGGCGACCAUCACCGUGUGGCUCUGCACCACCUUGUACUGCGUGUGCACCGUGGGCCGCACAAGUGGCAUGAAGCGCAAGCUGCUGCAAGGCAAAGAGGGGCCCUGGCCCCACGCUGCCUUCGUGCCAUCCGCGGUGGCUUGCGAUGGCCAGCGGCUGCUUCUCAGCGACCGCUUCUCCGUGCAUUCGGCGGCGUCGGCUUCGGCGCCGCUGCGCUUCGACCGCGAGCGGCGGCUCGAGCUGAGAAGUCUGGGCGCGGCGCGUGGCCGCAGCUGGGCGCUGGAGGCCGGGGGCCUGGCCGUGGCCGAGCUCGGGAGCGGCAGGCGCUGGCCGGCGGGGGGUGAGCUGCGGAGCAUGGCGGUGCUGGAGGAGGACCUCGCGCGCGCAGGCUGCGGCGAGGUCUCUUGGGCCGUGCUGGGGGUCCGGGGCGCGCCGGAGGCAGAGGAGGUCCUGGUGCUCUGCCCGCACGAGGAGCUCCAGGAGCUGGUGCCCAGUAGACGGGUCUUCCAUGUGUUGGACGGGGGCGAAACGCGGGGCCUCCACAUGACAGCGACGCAUCUGUGGCUUUUGAAGCAGAGCGUCGGGCUCGGCGCUGGCGCGCCUGCGGCCUGGUUGGUUCGAGAGAACUUGGAGACGGGGGAGGUGGACACCCACAACCUGCCCAAAGGCCGGCGCUGGGCUGCGGGCCUCUGUGGCUCCGGCGCCGGCGGCUCCGCCGGCGGCUCCGCCGGCGUGGUGGCGGCGGCCUUCCACGAAGCGCGGCGCGGCGCGGAGCUGUGGGAGUUCGAGGGCUGAGCCGAGGGCUGAGCCGAGGUUCAACCCGCAGGUGUGCUUCGGUUCGUUUAGAUGGGUUCCACUGGUGGUGGGGUCCUGUUGGG